AUGGGUUACGUGUUAGCCUGCAAGCAAGCCGCCAAGGGGGUUGGCGGGCCCAUUUCGCUGGGACAGGCGUGUGUGCUGGAGCUGGCGGCCGAUCGGAGAGUUUUUAGCGAUGUCGUGGUUCCUGACGUCCGUGGCCCGGCAAGCCAGAUCGACAAGGCAUUGGUCGCAGACCCCGGACCCUGUGCUUCCCUCGAAGAUAUGUACCUAUGUAGGUAG